AGAAAAAAAAAGCCUUCAGGUCAGGGAGAAUAUAUAAAUGACCAGCGAGGUUCUGCUAUAUUGGAGAGCCUGCAGCAGCUCCAAGGAUACAGUUCGCAGGCUGAUUUGGCCCUCAGGUCCAGAGUACGGAUUGUAUUGGGGACAGUUAUUAGGACACUGUGGUGGGAAACCGUGCAGAGGCCCCGUGAAGGAGGCAGAGAAGCCUUUUUAACUCAGGCCGAUAUUGUGCUUCGCCAGCAUGUGUACUGGGAGCUGCGCCAAGUGCCUGGGGGGCACCCUCAUCCCCCUCACCGUGUUUGCCUUCCUGGCCAACAUUCUGCUGUUUUUCCCUGGAGGAAAACCUAUAGACAACAACGACCAUCUAUCCGACGAGAUCUGGUAUUUCGGCGGAAUAUUAGGCAGCGGAGUCUUGAUGAUCUUCCCCUUGCUGGUAUUCUUGGGACUGAAGAACAAUGACUGUUGUGGGUGCUGUGGCAACAAGAGCUGCGGAAAGCGAUUCGCGAUGUUCACCUCUGCCAUAUUUGCUGCAGUUGGAAUCGUGGGUGCUGGAUACUCAUUUGUCGUCUCAGCUGUGUCAAUUAACAAGGGUCCUAAAUGUUUCAUGAGCUCUAAUAGUACAUGGGGCUACCCCUUCCACGACGGGGAUUACCUCAAUGAUAAGGACUUAUGGAGCAAGUGCAAAGAGCCUGCUGACGUGAUUCCCUGGAACCUGACCCUCUUCUCCAUCCUGCUGGUGAUAGGAGGAAUCCAGAUUAUUCUCUGUGCCAUACAGGUGGUCAACGGCCUCCUGGGCACCCUCUGUGGAGACUGCCAGUGUUGUGGCUGCUGUGGGGGAGAAGGACCAGUUUAAAACUCUGCGAUGAGCUGCUCUACGACUACAGCAUGUGGGAAAAUAUAUUAAACUUAUUCUUCUCUUC